CCGGGCUGUUGCUUUUACUUGUGAAGUUCUACCACAACAACAAAAAUGGCUGAUGAGAUUACCAAAAAAUAAAGACCAAAAUGUAUUUGUAUCUUCCCACUUGCAAGUUGCAACCCUAUUUGUCCAUCCUUCUUUCCUUCCCACUCCUCUAUAAAUAACAAAAAACCGUUUCCUUCCACAUCUGCACUUUAACUAAUACAGAAACACUAACAAGCAUAAUCCCAAACCAUGGAUUCACUUCCCAUCAAAUUUCAAGUGAAGAAGAAUGGAGUAUGGAUGCUGCUACUACUGGCGGCUUUAAUGGCGGCGUCAACGGAGAGCAGAAAAGCAAAGGUUGUCGAUUCCUUCGAGUACAUUGCGAUGAACUGCAGAGCCCACAGCGCUUCCAUAACAGAGUUCGGAGCAGUUGGGGACGGCAAAACUUCCAACACCAAGGCGUUCAAGGACGCCGUGGAUCACCUCGGUCAAUUCUCGUCGGACGGCGGGUCGCAGCUCUACGUCCCCGCCGGGAAAUGGCUCACCGGCAGCUUCAGCGUCGUCAGCCACUUCACUCUGUUUCUCCAUCAGGACGCCGUUCUUCUUGCCUCCCAGGUAGAUAUUAAUGAAUGGCCGGUGCUGAAAGCUCUGCCGUCGUACGGCAGAGGAAGGGAUGCCGCCGGCGGGAGGUUUGCGAGCCUGAUAUUUGGGACCAACCUCACGGACGUCAUUAUUACCGGGGAGAAUGGAACGGUCGACGGGCAGGGAGCAUUCUGGUGGCAGCAAUUCCACAAGGGCAAGCUCAAGUACACCCGCCCGUACCUGAUCGAGCUGAUGUUCUCCGACGGCAUCCAGAUCUCCAAUCUCACGCUCCUCAACUCGCCUUCGUGGAACGUCCAUCCGGUUUACAGCAGCAAUAUCCUGGUGAAAGGUAUAACAAUCUUAGCUCCGGUGACCUCACCAAACACUGAUGGCAUCAACCCAGACUCUUGCACGAACACCAGAAUCGAGGACUGCUACAUCGUCUCCGGCGACGACUGCGUGGCCGUGAAGAGCGGAUGGGACGAAUACGGCAUCGCAUUCGGGAUGCCCACGAAGCAGCUCGUCAUCAGGCGCCUCACCUGUAUUUCGCCGUACAGCGCCACCAUCGCCCUCGGCAGCGAGAUGUCCGGCGGGAUCCAGGACGUCAGGGCGGAGGACAUCACCGCCGUCCACACCGAGUCCGGCGUCAGGAUCAAGACCGCCGUCGGCCGGGGAGGCUUCGUGAAGGACAUCUACGUGAGGAGGAUGACGAUGCACACCAUGAAGUGGGCGUUCUGGAUGACCGGAAACUACGGGUCCCACGCCGACAAGAACUACGACCCCAACGCCCUCCCCGUCAUCCAGAACAUCAAUUACAGGGACAUGGCCGCCGACAACGUCUCCAUGGCGGCCCGGCUGGAAGGAAUCGCCGGCGACCCGUUUACCCAGAUCUGCAUCUCCAACGUCACCAUCGGGAUGGCGGCCAAGGCGAAGAAGGUGCCCUGGACUUGUUCCGAUGUGGGCGGGAUCACGGCCGGGGUGAGCCCCCGGCCGUGUGAUCUGUUGCCGGAGCAAGGACCGGGGAAAAUGGAGGAGGGCUGUAAUUUCCCCACCGAGACUUUGCCGAUUGAUUCAGUGGAGCUCAAGACGUGCUCUUAUAAGAUUAAUUACUAA